AUGUUGCGCCAGGAUGCUCGCAGUCAAGAGCUUGCGCAGAGGCUCGGUAUGGAAAUGCCCGAGUACAUUGACAAAUUGCAGAAGCGAAACUGGCCCUAUGCUCGAGACACAGAUCGCGGACAGGUCGAGAACGAUGUGAGCCAGCGAGGCCAGCUGCAGAGGCGGCGUGCCACGCCCCGCGGAAGCGGUGAAGGAGGCACAAUGGAAUCAGAUCCAUCCACCAUGAUUCAUAGUCAAAUUGAAUCGAGCGACCAGUCGACUUCAGCCGCACCCUCUGAUAUGAACGCGCGAAGUCCUGGUGUAUCGGACGCGAGGGACCACUUCCGGGUCUUUUGUUCGGGGAACCACACUGCUCCCAGCAUCGAGAUCAUUAGCAUUUUCGGCGAGAUGACAUUCCUACCAGUGGAGGUUAAGACCACGUAUGGGACUAUAACGUUGCGUCAACAGCAACUUCUGGACCUUCGGAUCCCAGAGUACCUGAUACAGCCACUGUUGUUUGACGAGGAACGAUGCCCGCUGGCGGCCGUGUACACCGAUUUUCGCGAUUAUGGUCGACGGCAGAUUGCCGAGGGGCAACCAGUGGAAUCUGUAUUGGGUAAUCCGAAGGUCGACCUGGCCCUGUAUUUUCGUGACCGCCAGCCUGAUGAUCCGCACACGCCAGCGACUUGGGCAUGCGAAUUCAUGCGUCUCUUGACGGGCUUUGACACAUAUGUGGCAUUGGCCUACAUCUUUACUUACGCCCGUUUCAUGCGUUGGUCGAUCGCGCCGUCCGCCGAGACAUAUGCAUUGCUACCUGAGGCAAUGAGGCCAACCCCAAUGCAAAGGCUAGUCAGGCACCAUCCCGGAGUCGACCUGCCAAUCUUUCCCGAGCUGCGCGACGGGCUCAUCCAGGAUAUGCGUGACUAUAUCAUCGCGACACAGACGCUGGGAACGAGCGUCAACUGGGAGCACCGGCUGGAAAACGCGGUGGACAUCGACUCGGAGACCGGGAAAAUGACUGUAUCAGAGAGCUUUGCGACGCACGUAUGUGAUCUUUCAAACUGGUCAAUUAGCCAAAGACUUGCAGAAGUCUUCCCUGAACUGCGAGGCGUCGUGCACGAGGUCGAGCAUGAGACGAUUCCCGUGUCGAAGGCUGACCUCGAUGGGUUUCUCAGGCAGCGAGGCGUCGUUAAUCCUGCAUCUCAGAUCGUUGCGGCAGGGUAG